UUUAAUAAUAUUGUUAUAUAUAUGAUAUAAUCUUAAAGAAUUUUAGGUUAUAAGGAUAAUUUAGGAAGUAGAAAUAAAUAAGUAUUAAGUAUGGAAAACACAGAUAAAAUUGAAGAAAAAGUCUCUCCACCUAAACAAAUUAAAAUUGAUUCCACUUUUCAAUCUGCAUUUAGCGAAUUAAGAAAAUCAGAAUUUUUUAAUGAAGCUAUACCUGGUCCUUCUAAAGCCAAAGAUUCUUCAAAAUUUAGUUCAUUGUUAGUCAGUUUAAAACAAAAAGGUAAUCCAUUAUUGAAAUUUGUAAAUAAUGUCCCUUGGGAAUAUUCUGAAAUUAUACCAGAUUAUGUUAUGGGAAAAGCUACUUGUGCUCUUUUUUUAUCAAUACGUUAUCAUCAACUUAAUCCUGACUAUAUCCAUGAACGUUUGAAGACCUUAGGAAACAUGUAUAAUUUAAGAGUACUUUUAGUACAGGUAGAUGUGCCAGAACCUCAUCAUGCUUUAAAACAUUUAACAAGGAUUUGUAUUUUAGCAGAUUUGACAUUAAUGUUAGCAUGGAAUCCAGAAGAUGCAGGAAAAAUUAUUGAAACAUAUAAAAUUUAUGAAAAUAAACCACCUGAUGCAAUUAUGGAUCGAAGUGAGACAGCACCAUAUCAAAAAUUAGUUAAUGCUUUGACAACAAUUCGAUCAGUUAAUAAAACAGAUGCCACAACCCUUUUAUCAACUUUUGGAACAUUAAGUGAAUUAAUAAAAACACAAUCAAAUACACUAGCUCUUUGUCCUGGUAUUGGAUUACAAAAAGCAGAAAGAAUCCAUAAAACAUUGCAUGAACAAUUUUUACGUCCUUCAAAAUCCAUAAAAUAAUGAAAAUAAAUGAAAUAUAAAUUUGCAUAAAAUAUUACAUAUAAUGAUUAUAGUGUUUAAUGAAUUAUGUGAAAUUUUUUCAAUACAAUUAAAAUUUAUAA